AAUGCAGUAAGAGUGUGCGCUGAGCUGCAGCAGCAUCAGUGUCUCAGUGUUAGCCGCUCUGCAGCAUCCAUUAGGAAACAUACUUGAUCAACACUUUCUGCUCCGCGGGAUGUGAGUUCAGCCACAGAUAAGCGAUCAGGAUGGUAGCAGAGGCCUGGACUGAUGCGGACAGACCGAAGCGAUGGAGGAGACAACGCCAGACCCUGCUUUCGUGGACGUGGACCAGGGUUUGACCCUGACAUGCAUCGCCUUUCUCUGUCUGCUGCUGGUGGCAAUGAUCAUCCGCUGUGCCAAAGUCAUCAUGGACCCUUACAGCGCCAUUCCCACCUCCACCUGGGAGGAGCAGCACUUGGACGACUAGCAGAUUUUCCCAUGACCUUGGCAAAUAAACAUGCACCUGCAUUCAAUCAAACCCUAACAUCAUGUUACAACCAGUAGACAGAUGUCUGUGGGAUAUUUAAGUUGCUAGUCAUCUUCUCGCAUACAGCAUCACUAGCUUUGAAGUCGUCUUUAUGGAAACUGGGUUGAAUUCUUCCCAACCAACACUGUUUUAUACAAGAAGGCAUGAAUCCCGAAAUGAAGUUGAUUUUGACACCCAUAUCCUUUUUUGCCCCUGCCCUGAAUGGGCUUCAGUUAAAUGAAAACGAAAUCACUCCAAAGCGAAGCACAAACAAGCCAAAAUCAGACACUUCCAACCACACUAACCUGACGUUCUCACAACCAAUGCAUCCUGAAUUUGUAGUUAAACAAGGGAGCAAAUUCAUAUUUUUAUAUUUCAUAAUGAUAAAUGAUAUACACAUUCAAGUAAGGCACU